UCCGUCCGCGGUCUCUCCGGCAGGACGAAGUGGUGGAGAGAAAUUAUUUUCAACUAAAGUGAAUCUUAAUAGUGCAGUGUUUUAUAUUAUUCCACCUCAUUUAAUUAUUUUUUUUUUAAUUUUUUUUUGAUCAUACGAGUGAAAAUUCAGUUUUACAAAGUGACAGCAGAAAACAGAGUGCGAGAGAGGUGGGAAAGAAGACAAGGGUGAAGGCUGAUGAUCAGCCAUGGGGACAGGGAAGAUGAAACAUCUUUCACUUUUAGUGGUGUGGAUUCUCUUAUCCUCAUGUCCAUUUCAGAUUGAUUCCUUAAAAGGAAUCAGAAAAGGAUCAAAACAUAAUGUUUUCUUCCUUAACUUGGAAGAUGGUUAUUUUGGCUGUCAAGUAAACGAAUCGACAGAUGUACUGCAAUUACUCGAACUGUCGAGGCUGUGUGACGGAAAAAACGACUGUUAUCAGGGCACUGAUGAGAUUCGAAAUGUUCUCAAGUGUUCAGAUGACUGUACUAAAGAAGAUGGUACCAAGUGCCAAAAUGGUGUGUGUCUUGAUGGAGUUUGUCAUUGCAAUGAUGGCUUUGGCGGUUGUAAUUGUCAAGUGCCUGAUGAAAACGAGUGUAAGUACAGACCCUGUGAUAUUUUUGCUCACUGUACAAACACUCUUGGAAGCUUUCAUUGCUCUUGUUUUCCUGGAUACCGAGGAGAUGGCUUUAUCUGCGAAGAUAUCGACGAAUGCGAAGAUCCAGUUCUCUCAUCGAGAUGCGUGGAGAAUGCCGAGUGUUGUAACUUACCUGCUAAUUUCAUUUGUAAAUGUAAAGCGGGAUAUACGGGUGAUGGUGAAGAACAUUGUGCUGAUAUAGAUGAAUGUCAACUACCAAAUUCAUGUGGUGAAAACGCUCAUUGUCAAAAUACUCCUGGAAACUUUACAUGUACUUGUCAAGAUGGUUAUACUGGAGAUCCACACAAAGGCUGUCAUGACAUCAAUGAAUGUGAGAGCCCUCACGCAUGUGGGUAUGGUGCACUUUGCAUUAACCUUCCUGGUAGCCAUCGAUGUGAGUGUCCUCAGGGCUAUGAGGGUAAUCCUGAAGAUGCUUGUAUAGACACUGACGAAUGCACACGAAGUCCUUGCGGCCGUUCAGCUCUUUGUACAAACCUAGAUGGUAGUUUCAAAUGUCAUUGUCCUGAUGGAAUGGAUGGAGAUCCUUUCAGCGGCUGUCAUGAUAUCAAUGAAUGCAACUCACCAGAGAAUCCUUGUGGAAAGAAUGCAGUUUGCAAAAACACUGAUCCUGGUUUUACGUGUGAGUGUCCUCCAGGAUAUAGUGGCAAUCCUAGCCCAUCGGUAGCCUGUGAUCAGACGGACGUUACGACCCUCUGUAAGUCCAACUUCGAAUGCGUAAACAAUGCUGAGUGCAUUGAGGGACAGUGUUUCUGCAAGGACGGUUUCAAGGCCGUUGGGGCAGAGUGCAAGGACCUCGACGAGUGUGCAACAAACAUUUGCGGACCAGCCGCGGUGUGCACAAACACCCGAGGAAGUUAUCAUUGCGCUUGUGAGACCGGUUUUGUUGGUACACCGCCGCGUAUUCCAUGCAAAGCACCUUGCGAAGGAGUUGUAUGUGGCGAGCAUGCGUUUUGUAAACCAGAUGGACAUGAAGCCUAUUGUAUUUGCAAAGAUGGUUGGACCUUUAAUCCGAACGAUAUUUCAGCUGGCUGUGUUGACAUUAAUGAAUGCGACUCAAUCAACGGACCUUCCGGUCGUUGUGGAAGAAAUUCCAUUUGUACAAACACUCCAGGAGGAUUUAAUUGCCAAUGUAAACCUGGAUACUCUGGUAAUGCCUUCAAGCAAUGUCUAGACAUAGACGAGUGCACACGGCCUGACGCCUGCGGUCACGGUGCAACUUGCACUAAUACAGAUGGUGGAUACACGUGUACUUGUCCUGAGGAUACGAUACCGGAUCCAGAUCCUUACACCAAGUGUGUUGGCAUAGUAAAAUGUGAAAUCGAUAAUGAUUGCCCUGGGAAUGCUAUUUGCGAUCCGUCAAAGAGGUGUUUAUGUCCAGAACCUAAUAUUGGAAAUGACUGUCGACAUCCUUGUGAAGAUGUAUCAUGUGGUCCCAAUGCUCAUUGUAUGAUUAUAAAUGACAUAGCUACGUGUCUAUGCAGUAAUGGAUUCACCGGAAAGCCUGGAGUAAAAGGCGGUUGCACAGACAUCGAUGAAUGUGCUGUAAAUCCAUGUCCACCUGGAGCUGUAUGUAAUAAUGAAGCCGGUUCGUUUUCUUGUCAAUGUCCCAGUGGAACAACUGGUGAUCCAUACAAUGGCGGUUGUAAAGAAACAGCAUUCCCACAUGUUUGUGGACCAAAUAUUCCUUGUCCAGCUGGUGAACAGUGUGUUAAAAAUGAAUUCGCCGGUAGUUAUGCAUGUAUCUGUCAACAACGUUACAUACGAGAUCCUGAAACAGGAAAAUGUCGAGAUAUAAACGAAUGUUUAGAGCAAAGAGACAAACCACCAUGUGGUGUUAAUGCAAUUUGUAAAAAUUUACCAGGAAGUUAUGAUUGCCAAUGCCUUCCUGGAUUCCACGGCAAUCCAUUUACCCUUUGUGAAGAAUGUAACAGCAUUGAAUGCCAAUGUCAACCACCUUAUAAGCUAGUUAAUGAUAAAUGCAUGCUGGCUGGCUGCUCUGAGGGUGAUGAAAAAUGUCCUAAAGGUGCUGAAUGCAUUACCAUCGCUGGUGGUGUGAGUUACUGUGCUUGUCCUAAAGGAUACAGCACUCAACCGGAUGGAUCUUGUCAAGAUAUUAAUGAAUGCGUAGAAGAACAUCAAGUAUGUGGUUAUGGAGCAGAAUGUAUUAAUCGUCCAGGAUCUUAUGAAUGUAUUUGUCCUCAUGGUUAUGGUGGAGAUCCUUACAACGGUCUUUGUUCACCAGCACAAAAAAGAUGUACUAAUGAUAAUGAAUGUCGUGCCAACGAGAAGUGUGUGCAGCCCGGAGAAUGUGUAUGUCCACCGCCGUUUUAUACUGAUGCUGUUGAUGGUGACAAAUGCAAAAAUCCUUGUGAUAGAUUCCCCUGCGGAAUUAAUGCAAAAUGUACACCCAGUGAUCCACCAAGAUGUAUGUGCGAAGCUGGUUAUGAAGGCGAUCCUCAACAUGGAUGUACUGAUGUCAAUGAGUGUAUUAAUAAUCCUUGUGGUAAUGGUGCUUACUGUAUCAAUAAUCGCGGUGGACAUAUUUGCGAAUGUCCUCGAGGCACCUCCGGUGAUCCUUACAGUAGCGUUGGAUGCACUGGCAUUAUUCAGUCAAGACAAGAGUGCACCCGUAACGAUGACUGUGAAAAUUACUUUGCUUGUGUACAAGGCAACUGUGUUAAUCCAUGUGAUAAUGUCUCCUGUGGACCAAAUGCUUAUUGUGAACCAGAUAAACAUGCACCAUGGUGUAGAUGUGUUAUUGGAUUCAACGAAGGAAAAAACAACGAAUGUGUAUCUCAAUGUGACGGUUUUGUAUGUGGUAUUGGAGCUCAGUGUAUUGUUUCUUAUGAUGGACCAACGUGUAAGUGUAUUGAAGGUUUCACAGGUAAUCCUUUCCCUGGCGGUCAAUGUGAACCAGAUAUUUGUUCAUCAGAAGUACCAUGUGCUGAACCAAGCGUUUGCAUAAGUGGACGUUGUAAACGACGAUGCGAAGGUGUAAUCUGUGGAAUUGGAGCAACUUGUGAUCCACAAACAAACAAAUGUAUAUGUAAUCCUUACUUCGUUGGAAAUCCUGAUCUUGUUUGCAUGCCACCGAUUCAACCGCCACAUUGUAGUCCGGCGUGCGGUGAAAAUGCGCAUUGCGAAUACAAUUCCAUGGACUUCAAAUGCGUUUGUAAUCCAGGAACAACUGGCAAUCCAUAUCAAGGCUGUGGAGCACAGAAGAAAUCAGAAUGUACCAAUACCAUUUGUGGAGAAAAUGCUCAUUGUCAUGUUGCCGCAAACGCUAUCGAGUGUCUUUGUCCGCCAGGAUAUGCUGGUAAUCCUUACAUCAAAUGUCAUGAUAUCAAUGAAUGCAGUGGCAAUGCUUGUGGAACUAACGCUGUAUGUAUCAACACAAUUGGAAGCUAUGAUUGUCGGUGUAAAGAAGGAUUCUUUGGCAAUCCAUUUGUCGAUUGUUCAACAAUUGAUUCAAACAUUUGUACCGAUGUAUCAACCUGCAAGUGUGGUCCAAAUGUUCCAUGUCCUUUGGAUUAUUCUUGUAUAAACGGUAAAUGUUUGAAUCAGUGUAGCGAUAUCAAAUGUGGUCCAAAAGCAGUGUGUCAAGAUGGUAUUUGCUUAUGUCCAUCCGGAUAUAUUGGUGAUCCCUACGAAUUAUCUAAAGGAUGUCAUAUUGAAGGACAUUGUUCCAAUGAUUUGGAGUGUGCACCUCAAGAAAUUUGCUUCCAGUUCAGUAAAGGAAUUAGGAAGUGCGUUGAUGCUUGUACUAAACUCCAAUGUGGCCCUAAUGCACUAUGUGUAACACAUAACCAUAUAUCUUCAUGUUUAUGCAUCGAUGGAUAUUACGGAAAUCCAAGUAAUUUAAUCGAUGGUUGCCAACCAGACCGGUCUAUUGCACCACCCAUUUGUCUACAUGAUUCAGAUUGUCCACAAGGAUUUUUAUGUGUUCUAGACCAGAACGGCAUUUAUAACUGUUUGAAUGCAUGCACAAAAAUUGCAUGCGGAGUCCAUCAAUACUGUGAAAUUGACAAUGGAAAGGCUAAAUGUAAAUGUCUUGAUGGGUAUGAAUGGAAUCCUGUUACUUCAACGUGUGUAAAGCCUUCAGUACCUGAUUGUAUCCAUGACAAUGAUUGCGAUUCAACUGAAGCAUGUCGACCAGAUGCUCUUAACGUUUUAAAGUGUAUUCCUAGUUGCAAGACAUUUACGUGUCCAUUAAAUUCUCAAUGCGUCGCUAAUAACCACCAAGCAACUUGUGAAUGUUUAUUAGGCUUCACUGGUAAUCCCAAUGAUCGCACAGGAUGUCAGAGUACAAGACAGAACAGAUGCGUGUCAGACUCGGAAUGUUUAGAAGACGAAACCUGUAGAUCUUCAUCAGAAGGUGUUCUAACAUGUUUACCAGUAUGUAAUUUUGUAACUUGUGGUCCUGGUGCUUUGUGUAUUGCUAACAAUCACGUAGCAAAAUGUGAGUGUCCACCUGGACUAUAUGCUGGUGACCCGGAUGAUUCAAUAAAUGGUUGUAAAUCAGUACCAUGUGUUUAUAAUAUCGAUUGUCCGGGUACACAACUUUGUAAUCGUCUCACGCACACUUGUUACGAUGUCUGUGAUGAAAAUGCAUGUGGAACUAAUGCUGUUUGUAUUGCCAAUGAUCAUAAGGCUAUUUGUCAAUGUCCACCAGGCUUCAAAGCAAAUCCUGUGGCUGAAAUCGAGUGUGUAGCAGUCGAAGCAUGUAAUCCGAACCCAUGUCAUCCUUCAGCAGUGUGCAUCGUUGAUGCUCAUAGUUCAAUAUGCCAAUGUCAACCUGGACAUAUUGGCGAUCCUUACACGUCUGGAUGUCAAUUGGUUGGAACUUGUAAUUCAAAUAAAGAUUGUCCAAUCAAUUCAAUAUGUAAAAAUAGACAAUGUAUGAAUCCAUGUGAUAAUGCAUGUGGAAGUAAUGCUAUCUGUGAAGUCAUCAACGGUGAACCUAUUUGUCGCUGUAUUAAUAGCAAAUUCAUACCGAUAAGAGACGCCAAUCAGUUACAUGUUCAUAGUUGUAUCAGAGCUACAAGCUUUUGUGCUACAUCUGUAGAUUGUGAUGAUGGUAGCAACUGUAUUGAAGGUCAAUGCAAAGCUGUUUGUAGAUCUACAGAUGACUGUAUAAUUGGAGAAAAAUGUAUCAAUAAUGUUUGCGCCAUUCCGUGCAUCACUUCAAGCCAAUGUCAAGACCAUGAGACCUGUUAUAAUGGUGUUUGUAUUCUUGGAUGCAGAAGCAGUAAAAGUUGUCCAUCUGACCAAGCUUGUAUCAAUAAUAAAUGCCAGAAUCCUUGCGACCAAGAGAAUGUUUGUGGACCUAACGCUUUGUGUAGUUAUGUCGAUCAUACAACAAGUUGUUCAUGCCCUAUUGGUUUUCAAGGUAAUCCUAAACCUCAACAAGGUUGUGUAAGAGUUCCUAAUAUUUGUCAUACUGAUCACGAUUGUCCAACACAACAUCAAUGUAUAUCCGGAUUCUGUCAAUGUAUGUGUACAUCAAACAAUAAUUGUGCUCAUGGAGAACGUUGUAAAAAUGGUCAAUGUGUUAAGAUUUGUUAUGGAAAUAAUAAUUGUUUACCCGGAGAACUGUGUAUCGAUGGUGCCUGUGAAGCAGGUUGCACUUCAGACAUUGGAUGUCGAGCUGAUGAGAUUUGUAUUAAUGGAAAAUGUAAAUGUAGUCAUGGAUUAAUUCGCGGACCUGAUGAUGAAUGUCUUGAUAUCAACGAGUGUGAUGAUAACCCUUGUCACUUCACAGCCGAAUGUAUUAAUCUCCAUGGAUCAUUUAAAUGUAUAUGUUCGCAUAAUACUGCUGGAGAUCCAUAUGAUUUGUCUAUUGGAUGCUCAACAGCAAUUCAUCAAUGUACGAGUGACCAUGACUGUUCGGAUUCUCAAGCAUGUGUUAAAAAUGUUUGUGUUGAUCCUUGUUCAUUAAACACCGACUGUGAUCACGGUAGUAAUACUAUGUGUACAGUCAUCAAUCACAUUGCUGAAUGUCAAUGUCAACCAGGUUACGUUGGUGAUAGAUACAGCGGAUGCUUCAAAGUUGAGUGCUUCACUAAUAAUGACUGCCCAAGUGACAAAUAUUGUAAUAUGGAGAAUAAUAAAUGUAUCAGCCCAUGCAAUAAAAUUACUUGCGGACAUGGUAACUGUGUUGCUAUUGAUCACAAUGCCGUUUGCAAAUGUCAUCCAGGUUACAAAUUAAUUCUAGACACUUGUCUAGAUAUCAACGAAUGUCUUGAAGAUGCUUGUCAUCCAACAGCUGUUUGUCAGAAUACAGAGGGUUCCUAUUUCUGUGCUUGUGCUCAUGGAUUAAUUGGAGAUCCAGUGAAAACAGGAUGUAAAGCUCCUGGGGACUGUUUUACAGAUUCUGAUUGUCCAUCUUCAGCAGCGUGUAUUGAAAAUACUUGCAGAAAUCCUUGUGAUAAACUACUAAACUCAUGCGGCCAUAAUGCUGAGUGCAUUGUUAAUAACCACAUUGCUCAAUGCUUCUGUCCAGGUCAAAGUACUGGUAAUCCAAAAAUAGAAUGCAUCAAAUUUGAAUGUAAUUAUCAUGGUGAUUGUGAUGCACUAAGUGCUUGUUUGGACAAUAAAUGUGUGGAUCCAUGUUCAGUACCCAAUGUCUGUGGUCAAGGUGCAGACUGUUCACCUUUGAAUCACUCAGCAGUGUGCACAUGUCAACCAGGAGGUACUGGAGAUCCUAAUUUCAGAUGUACACCUGUUCAAUAUUGUAAGACUGAUCACCAGUGUCCAACUGGUACAUCAUGUAAUGGGGGAAUUUGUGCUGCUUUCUGUUCAACUAUUAGAGACUGUAUUGAAGAUCAAAGAUGUAUUAAUGGACUCUGCAAACCGGUUUGUCAGUCAAAUACGACCUGUCCAGAGUACCAAUACUGCCAUAAUAAUAUUUGUGUUCAAGAAUUACGUUGUACAUCUGAUUUAGACUGUGGAUACGAUGAAAAAUGUGUAAGUAACAAUUUUGGCCAAGCUGAAUGUCGCAAAUCGUGCGAUUUAAUUAUUUGUGGAAGAAAUGCUGUAUGUAAACCUGAAAAUCAUGAAGCAAUUUGUGAAUGUGACCGAGGAUUUUUCGGUAACGCAUACGACGACAAAAUGGGAUGUCAAUCAAUCGAAUGUGAAUCAAAUAAUGAUUGUUCAGACGAAAAAAUAUGUGACAAUUUCAAAUGUAGAAUAGCUUGUCUCGCCCAUAAUCCAUGCGGUUCGAAUGCUAUUUGUUCAACUGAUAAUCAUGUUCAAGUGUGUACUUGUCAACCGGGUUAUACUGGAGAACCAACACAAGGUUGUCACCUUGUUGAUUAUUGCCUAAUCCACUCCCCUUGUGCACCAGGUGCACUUUGUACAAACUCUAGAGGAUCUUAUCGAUGUCAAUGUCAACUAGGAACAGUUGGAGAUCCAUACAACAGCGGUUGUCAAAAACCUGUGGAAUGUCUAAAAGAUGCAGACUGUCCUAUCACUGCUAAAUGCAUUGACGUCAAUGGAGUACCAAAAUGUACUGAUGUUUGUUCAAUAAUUCAAUGUGGACCAAAUGCUGAGUGUAUUCCUGGUCAACCACAACAUCAUUUAGCAACUUGCAACUGUAGAUUGGGCUACGAAGGAGAUGCUCAUGACUUGAGAGUAGGAUGUCGUCCACAACCAACUGCCUGUACUACAACUAGUCAAUGCUCGGCUAAUACUUACUGUUAUGAGAAUAUUUGUCGACCGUCUUGUCAAUCUGAUGAAGAAUGUAAUCUCACCGACGUUUGUUACAGUGGUCAAUGCUUAGAUCCAUGUCAAAUUCGUGGAGCAUGUGGAAUAAAUGCUGAAUGUCAAGUUAACAGUCAUAUUAAACGCUGCAGUUGUCCUCCAGGAUUCACUGGUAAUUCUGAAGUGGAAUGUGUUCGUCUUCCAGUAUCUUGUAUUGGACAUAAUGAUUGUAAUGUUGGUAAUACAUGUCGAGAUAAUGUCUGCUUACCAAUUUGUACAUUUGACAAUGAAUGUGCUUUCAACGAAAAAUGUAUCCAAGGUAAUUGCCUACUUACCUGCAGACUGGACAAUGACUGUUUCUUAGGUCACAUUUGUUUGAAUAAUAUGUGCUCUUAUGGCUGCAAAGGAGACGAAGAUUGCAAGGGUGAUGAAGCUUGUUCUUCAAAUAAAUGUGUUAAUCCUUGUUCAUUAUCACUCUGUGGACCGAAUGCUAAAUGCUCUGUCAUCAAUCAAAGAGCUUCUUGUUCCUGUCCAGAUGGUUUUAUACCUAAUCCAUCAGCAAGAAUUGCUUGUCUUCGUAUACCAGGUACUAUAUGUGAAUCAAACAGAGAUUGUACAGCGGGUAUGAGUUGUGUUGCAGGAUUAUGUUCUCCAGUAUGCUCUUCAAAUGCUAAUUGUCUCAGCAAUGAACAUUGCGAUGCUUCAGGUAUUUGUAGAACACUCUGUAGACAAGAUGAAGAUUGUAGAAAUGGUGAGAUUUGUCAAGGAAUUAUGUGUCUAGCUGGAUGUCGAGCUAAUCUUGAAUGUGCAGAGCAUUUAGCUUGUAUUAAUAAUCAAUGCAUUGAUCCAUGUAGUCUUCCUAAUGCUUGUGGAACCAAUGCUGAAUGCACAGUUGUCAAGAAUCAAAAACAAUGUCACUGCCCAUCCAAUCUUAUUGGCGAUCCUUUCGUUAGUUGUAAACGAAUUCUUACACCAUGCACUGACGACUCAUUAUGUCAACCAGGCGAUGUUUGUAUUGGCCAAUUCUGUUAUCCACUUUGUCGAAGUGAUACCAGCUGUUUGAAUAAUGAGCAUUGCGAUGAUGGAUCGUGUAAAGCCAUUUGUAAUACCGAUAGUGAUUGUUCGAUUAAUGAGAUUUGUGAAAAUCGUCUUUGUAAACUAGGAUGUCGCAGUGAUAAUACUUGUCCCAGUGAUGAAUCAUGCAUCAAUAAUCGGUGUCAAAACCCCUGCAAAGAUAAAAGUAUUUGUGGAGAAUGCGCUGGAUGUCAAGUAAUUAAUCACUCUGCGCAAUGCAGUUGUCCACCAAAUUAUUAUGGAAAUGCUUUAAUUAGUUGCAUUAAAUCACCUGUUCCUUGUGAUGGUAUAUGUGAAUGUGAUUCAGUCGGCUUCUGUGUAAAGAGUUGUAAUAAUCAAAACGAUUGCUCGUGUGGAGAAGUUUGCUCAGCAGGAAAAUGUCGCAUCAAAUGUGAUUUAGGUCUUAACGCUUGUGAAAAAGGAUAUAUAUGUAGAGAAGGAGCUUGCGUUGCUGGUUGUAAAACACAUUCCGACUGUCCUACAACACAUUCAUGUAAUAAUGGUCGCUGUGAAGAUCCCUGUAGUUUCCAAGGUUCUCCAUGUGGUAUUAAUGCUCUUUGCAAAGUAUCUAACCAUCGAGCUAUUUGUUUAUGCCCUGUGGGAUAUCAAGGAGAACCAUCGCAAGAGUGUUACCAACUGGAAUGUCAAAGAAACGAAGAUUGUGAGCCUAAUAAAAGAUGCAGCGAAGAUGGAUUGUGUACAAAUCCUUGUCUACAACAUGGAAUUUGUGGUCUUAAUGCUCAAUGCCGAGUUGUUGACCGAGAAGCUCAAUGUACAUGUCCACCAGGUCAUUAUGGAAACCCGAAAAUUAAUUGUAAACCUGGAAGUGAUGAAUGUUUACGUAGACCAUGUGGAAUUAAUGCUAAAUGUCGAGAAUCAGCCAGUGGCUUUGAAUGUAGUUGUGACCCAGGAUGUUACGGAGAUCCUCAUCAAGUUUGUAUCUGUGAUGGUAGUGAUUUAUGUAGAGAUACAAGCUGUGGAGUGAAUGCAGCUUGCAGAGUCUACAAAAACCAACCACAGUGUUAUUGUCCUCCAGAAUUCCCUGCUGGAGAUCCAAUUCAUGAAUGCAGUACAGAUCGAAAUUCAUUAGAUUGUCGAACAAUAGGCUGUGGUAAGGGUGCUGAAUGUAUCCGAGAUGGUACUAUUUUUGUAUGUAGAUGUCCACCGGGUACAGCAGGAUCGCCAGAUGUUGAAUGUAAAACAGAGCGAGAAUGUACAAGUGACUCGGAGUGUCCAAAUGAAAAGGCCUGCAUAAACCUUCAAUGUCUGGAUCCAUGUACACUAAGAGGUGCCUGUGGAAAAAAUGCACUCUGCCGUGUUGUCCUUCAUAAGCCUCGGUGCUCAUGUCCACAAUGUUAUAUCGGUGUACCUCAAAUCUCCUGCAAACCGGAACCAAAAUGCCAAUCACUCUAUCCACGACCAAAUCCACCGCGAAUUGGUUGCUCGAAUGAUACUGAUUGUCCAGAAAAUUUGUCAUGCCAUGGAAUUACUGGUGAAUGCCGAGAUCCAUGUGUCAAUACCAAAAAUAACUGCGAGGCAAACAAACGUUGUCAGGUCCGUGAUCAUCAACCAAUGUGCGUGUGUAAAUACGGUUUUGUAGUCAAUGAAGUUGGUGAGCUAACUUGUGCCCCAGACAUAGCAUCUUGCUCUCGUGACAUUGAUUGUCCAUCCAAUGCCGCUUGUAUCCAUGGAAAAUGCCAAAAUCCAUGUACUGCUCGAGCAAAACCAAACUCACCAGCAUGCCCAACUGGUAAAAUUUGCGACGUUCUUGAUCAUCGUCCCGUUUGUAUAUGCACCCAAAACUGCAAUCCUUCCCUGUCCAUUUGCCUUCGUGACAGUGGCUGCUCACCAGACUUGGCUUGCCGCAACUAUCGCUGCGUGGAUCCAUGCAGUAAUUCCACCUGUCCGGCUGAUGCCCCAUGUUACGUCGAGGAGCACAAGCCCGUCUGCAAGUUCUGUCCCUCUGGUUUUGUACCUGAUACUAAGUACGGAUGCAUGAAAGAUGUGAUAUGUACAACACAUGAUGAGUGCCCGCCACAAUUAUCCUGCGUGGAUCAGCAUUGCUUGAACCCAUGUACCGUGAAGAAUCCUUGCGAUUACAUUGAAGAAUGUCACGUCCAGGAUCAUAGACCAGUUUGUGUGAAAAUUGAUAAGCAAGCCGGAUGUGGUUAUUGUCCUCCAGGUCAUCAGUGUGAUCCCAUCACCAACAUCUGUAUCAAAGCUGGUUGCACUAGUGACAGGGAUUGUCCAUUAACGGAAACAUGUAUUGGACAUAUAUGUCAGGAACCAUGUCUUAUCAAAAAUCCAUGUGUUGCUCAUGCGGUUUGUAUUAAUACCAACCAUGGUACAGACUGUAGCUGUGAAGAAGGAUAUCACGGUAAUGGAUUUAGUCUUUGUAAUCCAGUUACCAAUUUCGAAAAUGUUUGUCAGUAUAAUGAAGAUUGCCCACCGAAUAAACUUUGUGAUCGAUUAAACAGACGUUGCAUAAACCCAUGUUUCGAAGAUAGCUGUGGAACUAAUGCUGAAUGUUAUGCAGAAAACCAUACAGCUCGUUGUAAAUGUCUACCUGGAUAUGACGGAAACCCUCAAAUUGCCUGCGAACAUUCUCAAAUAUUCAACCCAUGUUUACCAAACCCGUGUGGUAUUGAUGCACUAUGUGAACUUGAUAACGGAAACCCAAUCUGCAUCUGUCCAAAGGGAAUGACAGGAAAUCCAUUUGAACAUUGUCUCCCUGAAGGUAAUAACUGCCACAGCAAUCCAUGUGGACCUAAUUCUGAUUGUCGAUUAAUAAGUGGCAAGAUAACAUGUUUCUGCUUACCUGGAUACGAAGGAACUCCACCUCACACACUCUGUACUCUACCAGAUAAUCCAUGUGAACCAUCUCCAUGUGGACCUAAUACGAGAUGCAAUAUCCUCGAAAAUGGUAUUGCUAAGUGUACUUGUUUACCAGGUUUUAUAGAAAGUCCGAAUACAAUUAGAGGCUGUAUAGAACAAACACAUACUUGUGAACCAAACCCAUGUGGAGUCGGAGCUCUUUGUGAUGAAACUCGAGUUCCAUCGUGUUACUGUCCAGAAAACACAGUUGGAAAUCCAUAUAAGGCUUGUGUUAUCAGUACUGUUGUUGUUCCGCUUUGUCAACCAGGCAACUGUGGAGUAAACGCUGACUGUUAUAUAUCAGAUAAUCGUGAAAAAUGUUAUUGCAAGAAUAAUUUAAUCGGAGACCCAUAUGUAGGAUGCUAUGAACCUCCAACCAGUGUCUGUCAUCCUAAUCCAUGUGGAAGAAAUGCUAUUUGUCGAGUGACUGAAUCCAAUAAGGCUAUGUGUGAAUGCCUUCCGGGAACAUCUGGAGAUCCAACAAGUUUAGCUGGUUGUGACAGCUUUGAAUGCACUGAAGACAGUGAUUGUUUAUUAUCGAUGGCAUGUAUUGGUCAUAGAUGUCAAAAUCCAUGUCUGGGAGCCUGUGGUGUUAAUACUAAUUGCAAAGUUGAACUUCAUCAUCCAAUUUGUUCAUGUAAAGAAGGAUUCUAUGGUAAUCCUAUGCUGCGAUGCUCACCAUUGAUGGAUCCAGAGCCGAAACAUAACCCAUGCUUCCCAAAUCCAUGUGGUCAAAAUACUAUUUGUCAAGUAAUUCAAAAUCGUGCUAUAUGUUCUUGUCUUCCUAAUUUCUUGGGCGAUCCUCAGAUCGGAUGUAACCCAGAGUGUACAGUCAAUUCAGACUGUUCUAAUGAUAAAGCUUGUAUCAACAUGAAAUGUGUAAAUCCAUGUAACUUAGGCAACAUUUGCGGUGUCAACGCUGAAUGUCAUGUCACACAUCACACACCAACUUGUUUGUGUGCGAAUAAUUACUUCGGCAAUCCAUUUAUCAGUUGUAUGCCUAAAACAGCGAUCACUAUAGAAAAAUAUCCAAAUAUCACUCAUCCAUGUGAGCCAUCACCAUGUGGUCAAUAUGAUUAUUGUGUUCCUUAUACUGAUCAUAUAGCUAUGUGUGGAGGGUGUGGUAUUCACGAUUCAACUGGUACUUGGUGUAAACCUGAAUGUCUUUGCAACAGUGACUGUCCAUUUGAUCAUGCUUGUAUUGGAUGGAAAUGUGCAGAUCCUUGCUUGGGAACAUGUGGAAUAAAUGCUAAUUGUCAAGUCAUCUGGCAUCAACCUGUAUGUACUUGUCCUACUGGACUUUAUGGUAAUCCAUAUCAAGGUUGCAUACCAGAAAAUGUUGAACAUCAAGAUCCUUGCAGUGUGACUCAGUGUGGACCUAAUGCAGUUUGCAGAGAGAAAAAUGGAGCUACGACUUGUGAAUGUCUUGAUAAUUAUAUUGGUAAUCCUUUCAUCGCGUGCCAUCUAGAAUGUAUUCAAAACACUGAUUGUCCUCUAAAUAAAGCUUGUUCAAACCACAAAUGUGUUGAUCCAUGUCAUGGUACAUGUGGUACUGGAGCUUCGUGUGAUGUUAUCAAUCAUUAUCCAGUAUGUUACUGUGAUGGAACAUUAACAGGAGAUCCAUUUGUUCAUUGUUAUACAAUUAAAGACACUGAUAUUGUAUCAGUACCAAAAACUAGUCCUUGUGAUCCUUCACCAUGUGGACCAAAUAGUAGAUGUCUUAUUUCUCCACUCGGCUAUGCUACAUGCACUUGUCUUCCAGGUUAUCGUGGGAGUCCACCAUUAUGUAAUCCUGAGUGUAUUGUUAGCUCAGACUGCUUACAAAUACAAGCUUGUAUCAAGAAUAAAUGUGUUAAUCCUUGUAAUGGAGUGUGUGGACAUGGCGCCUUGUGUUCCGUUAUUAAUCACAAUCCAGUUUGCAGUUGCCCACCUAGUCUGGAAGGUGAUCCCUUCGUGGCCUGUGUUCAAGUUGUAGAUAACGAUAUAAAACCUAUUUCACCAUGUGAUCCAUCACCUUGUGGGCCCAACUCGGUCUGUCAAGUAAAGAUGAGCCGUCCAGUUUGUUCGUGCCAAAGUACAUUCAUUGGAAGUCCACCAAAUUGUCGACCAGAAUGUCUUAUCAAUCAAGAAUGUGCAACAAAUCAAGCAUGCAUUGGAAACAAAUGUAUUCAACCAUGUCCACAUAGCUGUGGUGCCAAUUCUGACUGUUCCACCAUCAAUCAUACACCUUUCUGUUCAUGUAAAUCAGGCUACGAAGGCGAUGCUUUUGUAGGUUGUACGCGAAUACCAAUUCAACCAAUAGAACCUGAAGAUCCAUGCUCUCCAUCACCAUGUGGAAAUAAUGCAAUCUGUAAUGUUGUCAAUGGUCUAGCAAGAUGUACAUGUAUACCUCCAUACAUUGGUAAUCCUUAUGUUGGUGGAUGUAAACCAGAAUGUAUGAUAAAUUCAGAUUGUUCCAGUGAUCUUGCAUGUAUCAAUCAACAUUGUAGAGAUCCAUGUUCCGGUAUUUGUGGAUUUAAUGCACAAUGUGAAGUUUCUAAUCACAUUCCAACCUGUUCAUGCUUACCAGGAUACUCUGGUGAUCCAUUUAAAUCUUGUAAGAUCGAAAGAGUUCCAGAAGUACCAGAAAAUCCAUGUGUACCUUCACCUUGUGGACCGUAUAGCAUUUGUCAAGUUGUUAAUGAUCGUGCUGUGUGUUCGUGUAACCGAGGAUACAGAGGAACGCCUCCAUCUUGUAGACCUGAAUGUUUGGUUAGUUCAGAAUGUCUACCUCAACUCGCUUGUAUUGAUCAAAAAUGCAAAGAUCCUUGUCAAGGUGUUUGUGGACUUAAUGCUUUAUGUCAAGUGAGCAACCACAAUCCUAUAUGCAGUUGUCCUGAAAGAAGCACUGGAGAUCCAUUUGUACAGUGUAAUGAAAUUAUUUCUAAAACCCCAGAUGAUACCGAAAUAAUUAAUCCUUGCAUACCAUCUCCAUGUGGUCCUAAUGCUCAAUGUAAGGUUCACAAUAAUCGUCCAGUGUGUUCAUGUUUGACAGGAAUGUAUGGAGCUCCUCCUUACUGUCGACCAGAGUGCGUGAUUAAUCAAGAUUGUCCUAAUUAUUUGGCAUGUAUUCAAAAUACCUGUGCUAAUCCAUGCACUGGCUCUUGUGGAAUCAAUGCCAACUGUAUUGUUAGAAAUCACCGACCAAUAUGUCAAUGUGAAGAAGGAUAUGAAGGAGAUCCAUUCUCAGCAUGCAAUCGUAAAGAAAUGACACCUUCACCAGCUCCAAGUCAACCAUGUAAUCCAUCGCCAUGUGGAUCAAAUGCUGUUUGUAAUGAAAGAAAUGGUGCAGGAUCUUGUACUUGUUUACCUGAUUACACCGGUGAUCCUUAUGAAGGUUGUAGACCAGAAUGUGUUCAAAAUACUGAUUGCCCACUUACAAAAUCUUGUACUAAUAACAAAUGUAAAGAUCCAUGUGUUGGUGCUUGUGGACUUAAUACACAAUGUCAAGUAUUUAAUCAUCAACCUUCAUGCACUUGUCAAUCUGGUUAUACUGGAAAUCCAUUGACUUCAUGUUAUGUUAUACCACAAGUGGCACCAAGUCCACAAGAUCCUUGUGAUCCAUCACCUUGUGGACCUUACAGUAACUGUAAAGUAAUUGAUUUCCAUGCUGUAUGCUCAUGUCAACCGGGAAUUAUUGGAAGCCCACCGACUUGUCGACCUGAAUGUGUAGUGAGUGCUGAUUGUGCGCAAAAUAAAGCUUGUAUUGAUCAGAAAUGUCAAGAUCCAUGUUUUGGAACUUGCGGACUUAAUGCACGCUGUCAAGUUAUCAACCAUAACCCAAUUUGCAUCUGUAUGGACGGUUUCACGGGUGAUCCAUUUUCAAGUUGUCUAAAAGAAGAAGUUAGAAUUCCAGAAAACGAUAUUCCAAACGCUGAUCCAUGUGUUCCAACACCUUGUGGACCUCAUUCACAAUGUCGAGUCAUUGAUGGAUUCCCUGCUUGUUCAUGUUUAUCAAAUUAUGUUGGCAGACCGCCAAACUGUAGACCUGAGUGUAUUAUUAAUGAAGAAUGUCCUGGAAAUUUAGCUUGUCAAAAUGAACGAUGUAUGGAUCCAUGUCCUGGUUCAUGUGGAGUUAAUACAUUCUGUAAUGUUGUCAAACAUAAUCCAAUCUGCAACUGCAAUCCGGGUUAUACUGGAAAUCCAUUCAUUGAAUGUACUCCGGUGAUUGAAGAACCUUACACUACUCAAAAGCCUAUAACACCUUGUGAUCCAUCACCUUGUGGUGCUAAUGCUAUAUGUAAUGAAAGAAAUGGUGCAGGAUCAUGUUCAUGUAUUCCAGAAUACUUUGGAGAUCCUUACACUGGCUGCAGACCGGAAUGUGUUACAAACAACGACUGUGGAAAGACCAAAGCUUGUUUACGUAAUAAAUGUAUUAAUCCAUGUACUGGAAUUUGUGGUCCUAAUGCUUCAUGUAGAGUUAUAAAUCAUGCACCAUCAUGUACUUGUCAUUCAGGUUUUUCUGGAGAUCCAACGAUUGGUUGUUCAUUAAUACCACCAGCAACUAAAUCACCAAUUAUCGAUCCAUGUGAAGUAAGCCCAUGUGGACCCAACAGCAAUUGUCGAACAUUAAAUGGUCAUGCAGUUUGUUCAUGUAAGAGUGGAUUUAUUGGUACACCACCAGCUUGUAGACCUGAAUGUACAAUAAGCACUGAAUGUCAAAGAAAUAAAGCUUGUGUUAACAACAAAUGUAUUAAUCCAUGCGAGCAAUCAACUUGUGGACAAAAUACUCAAUGUCUUGUGGUUAAUCACAGUCCAAUUUGUACUUGUACUAACGGAUAUACUGGUGAUCCAUUUAUUUUCUGUACUAAGAUUGAAAUAAUACCAUCAGGACCAGCCAAAGAUAUUACUGGAGGUGGUGAUCCUUGUUCACCGAAUCCAUGUGGUCCUAACUCUCAGUGUAAAAUUAUUGGAUCACAACCAGCUUGUUCCUGUUCUCCAAACUUUUUGGGAAGACCACCAAAUUGUAGACCAGAAUGUACAGAAAACGUUGACUGUCCAACAACAAUGUCAUGCAUUAAUCAACGAUGCAAGAAUCCUUGUCUAAAUACUUGCGGAAUCAUGGCAAAAUGUACAGUCUUGAAUCAUUUACCAGUAUGUUCAUGUACAGAAGGAUACACUGGAGAUCCAAGCACUAAAUGUACUCCAGUUCUACCAACGAUUCCAGAUGUCGAAAAAUCAAAUCCUUGUGUGCCAAACCCUUGUGGACCAAAUGCUCAAUGUAGAGAAAGAAACGGAGCUGGAGCUUGUGCUUGCCCACCAGAUUUUAUCGGUAGUCCUUAUGAUAAUGUUAGAGGAUGUUAUAGAGAGUGUGAAACAAAUGACGACUGUAAUAGCAACUUAUCUUGCAUUGGAUUCAAAUGUACUAAUCCUUGUACAACAGGAACUUGUGGAAUUAUGUCAAUUUGUCAAGUAGAGAACCAUGUGCCUCGAUGCACAUGCCCACCAGGAUAUACAGGAGAUCCAUUUUAUGCUUGCAAUGAAGAAUCUAAACAAUUAUCUACUCCACCACCUCAACAAGAUCCAUGUUCACCAACACCAUGUGGUCCUAACAGCAAGUGUAGAACUGUUAAUGGUCAAGCUGUAUGUACCUGCCUACCUGAUUAUGUCGGUACACCACCGUCUUGUCGACCUGAAUGUAUUGUCAACGCUGAAUGUCCAGUUAAUUUAGCUUGUGUAAAUAACAAAUGUUCAGAUCCUUGUACAAAUACAUGUGGAGUACGCGCACAAUGUACAACGAAAAAUCAUAACCCAAUAUGCACUUGCCCUAUUGGCUUUACCGGAGAUCCAUUUACCUAUUGUUCUCCUGAUAUUGAAGUUAAUCAAAUUACAACAGAAAGACCGCCAUCAUGUACACCAUCGCCAUGUGGACCUAAUUCUCAGUGUCAACUUAUGUUUGGCAAUCCAGCAUGUUCUUGUUUACCAAAUUAUAUUGGAGCUCCACCUAAUUGUCGACCUGAAUGUACUAUCAGUUCAGAAUGUAAGAGUCAUCUUGCAUGCAUCAAUCAACGUUGUCAAGAUCCUUGUGCUGGUUCUUGCGGUUUUAAUGCACAGUGCCAUGUACUUAAUCACAUUCCAGUUUGCACAUGUAUCGAAGGAUUCACUGGAGAUCCAUUCAAUGAUUGCUCUCUUAUUCCGCCAACUACAACUGAACCUACAUUAAUUGAUCGUUGCCAUCCCUCACCAUGUGGAUCUAAUGCAAUAUGUAGAGCAGGCAAUUGUGAAUGUUUACCUGAAUAUUAUGGUAAUCCAUAUGAAGUAUGCCGACCAGAGUGUGUAUUAAACUCGGAAUGUCCUAGAGAUAAAUCUUGUUUAAGAAACAAAUGUAUAGAUCCAUGUCCAGGCAGAUGUGGUGAAAAUGCUGAAUGUGAUGUUGUCAAUCAUAUUCCGGUAUGCUCUUGUAGAACAGGAUUCACUGGAGAUCCAUUUGUCAGUUGCAGAACUCAACCACUUGCACAACCUGAAGAUAAGACGAAUCCAUGUUCACCAUCACCCUGUGGACCAAAUAGUCAGUGUCGCAAUAUUGAUAAUCAUGCUGUCUGCUCAUGUCUGCAAGGUUAUCUUGGAACUCCACCACUCUGUAGAGUUGAAUGUCGUAUGAGUUCUGAAUGUCCACCAACGCGAGCUUGUAUCAACAACAAAUGUACUGACCCAUGUUUGGGAUCUUGUGGCUUAAAUGCAAGAUGUGAAGUAAUUAAUCACUCGCCAAUCUGUAGCUGUUCUCCUGGACAAACUGGAGAUCCUUUCAAGAGUUGUUAUGAUAUUCCUAUUUUACCAGAAAUCAAAGAACCAGAAGAUCCUUGUUUCUCAUCUCCAUGUGGACCAAAUGCUCAAUGCCAAAAUAAUAAUGGAAUUCCUUCUUGUUCUUGUUUACCUAAUUACAUUGGUUCACCACCAUCUUGUAGACCAGAAUGUCUUAUUAAUCCAGAUUGUCCGUCAAACCAAGCUUGUAUGAAUACUAAAUGCGUUGAUCCAUGUCCAGGAUCUUGUGGAGAUUUUGCUGAAUGUAAAGUUAUUAAUCAUGCAGUUACAUGUACCUGUAUCAUUGGUUACACUGGUAAUCCAUUUGUUCAAUGCGUCAUGGAAAAAGAAGAACCAUUGAAUCCAUGUGAACCUUCUCCUUGUGGAUCAAACGCUAUUUGCCAACAGCGUGAUAAUGCUGGAGCUUGUGUUUGUAUUGAAGAUUACCAUGGCAAUCCUUAUGAAGGUUGUCAACCAGAAUGUAUAUUAAGCUCUGAUUGUCCUACCAAUAAAGCUUGUAUAAGAAAUAAAUGUCAAGAUCCUUGUCCGGGAGUCUGCGGUAUCCAAGCUCAGUGUUCAGUUAUCAAUCAUAUACCAACAUGCACAUGUCUUCCAGGCUAUGUUGGAGAUCCAUUUACUUCCUGUACAUUCGAAAUGGACGUGACGACUCAAGGAAUUAUCCAAGAUGUUUGUAAUCCAUCGCCUUGUGGACCAAACAGCCUUUGUCGAGCGGUAAAUAACCAAGCAGUUUGUACAUGCCAAUCAAACUUUAUUGGUGCACCACCUAAUUGCCGACCAGAAUGUGUUGUCAACACCGAAUGUCCACAAAAUCGUGCCUGUUAUAAAUACAAGUGCAAUGAUCCAUGUCCAGGAACUUGUGGAAUUGGGGCAGAUUGCAGAGUUAUUAAUCAUAAUCCAUUGUGUAGUUGUCCAACUGGAAUGACAGGAGAUCCAUUCUCGCGUUGUUUCCAAGAACCUAUUGAAUUACCAGCUCCACGACCUAGUGAUCCUUGUGUGCCAAACCCUUGUGGACUUAAUGCAGAAUGUCGUAAAGUUGGUGAUCAAGCAGCAUGUUCUUGUUUAGUCAAUUAUAUUGGAUCACCACCAAAUUGUAGACCAGAAUGUGUAGUAAAUACUGAUUGUCCAUCAACUCAAGCUUGUAUAUCAGAAAAAUGUAGAGAUCCAUGUGUGGGAUCUUGUGGUAAAAAUGCAGAAUGUCGAGUGCAAAAUCAUAUUCCAACAUGCUCCUGUAGUCAAGGUUUCACCGGAGAUGCAUUCACCUUAUGCUCACCGAUUAUUCAACAACCAAAAGUACCUGAUGAUCCAUGUAAUCCAUCGCCAUGUGGAGCUAAUGCUCAAUGUAAUGCUGGAGUAUGUACAUGUCUUCCAGAAUAUCAAGGUGAUCCAUAUAUCUCUUGUAGACCUGAAUGUACAUUGAAUUCUGAUUGUCCUCGGUCAAAAUCUUGUAUCAAUCAACGAUGCAUCGAUCCUUGUAUUGGAACAUGUGGUACAGAUGCACGCUGUGAUGUUGUCAAUCAUAUACCAAUGUGUAGUUGUCCAUCAGGCACUACUGGAAAUCCAUUCUCGAGUUGUAGACCAUUUAAAUUAGAUGAUACACCAAGACAACCAUGUCAACCAUCACCUUGUGGACCUAAUAGUGUUUGUAAAGCUGUAGAUAAUCAUGCAGUAUGUUCAUGUCAACCAGGAUUCUUUGGCAGUCCCCCAACAUGUCGACCUGAAUGUGUUACAAGUGCUGAAUGUCCAUUGACUCGUGCUUGUCUCAAUAAUAAAUGCCAAGAUCCUUGUCCUGGUACUUGUGGACAGAAUGCUAAAUGUCAAGUUGUGAACCAUAAUCCAAUUUGUAGUUGCUUGGAAGACAACACCGGUGAUCCUUUCACAAGAUGCUAUCCACUUCCAGAAAUACCCAAAGAGCCAAUAAAUCCUUGUCUACCAUCACCAUGUGGUCCUAAUUCAGAGUGUAAUGUUCGAGACGAAAGUCCUGCGUGUUCGUGUGCACAAAAUUAUAUAGGUGUUCCACCAAAUUGUCGACCAGAGUGUACAAUAAAUCCAGAAUGUGCUUCACAUCUUGCGUGUAUCCAACAAAAAUGUCGUGAUCCAUGCGACGGUUUGUGUGGUAUUGGUGCUGAUUGUACAGUCGUAAAUCAUCAUGCUGUUUGUGUAUGUCCUGAAGGUUUUACCGGCGAUCCAUUCACCAACUGUAUCCUUGCACCGAAGGACGAGAUCCCAACGGAAACAAGAAGACCCUGUUCACCAUCUCCCUGUGGUGUGAACGCCAUAUGUCGCGAGCAAAAUGGUGCUGGAUCCUGUUCUUGCCAACAAAAUUAUAUUGGCAAUCCUUAUGAAGGAUGUAGACCUGAAUGUACCAUCAACUCUGAUUGCCCCACCAAUCGUGCAUGUAUUAGGACCAAGUGUGAAGAUCCGUGCCCUGGUACUUGUGGUCCUAAUGCCGACUGUCAAAUUAUUAAUCACAUGGCGUCAUGCACGUGUAGAUCAGGCUUUACUGGUGACCCCUUCCGUUAUUGUACACCAAUGCCAAUUGUACAACCAACUGUAAAUGACAAUCCAUGCUCACCAUCUCCUUGCGGACCCAAUAGUCAAUGUCGACAAGUCAACAAUCAAGCUGUUUGCUCGUGUCUCCCAGAAUUUAUUGGAAGCCCUCCUUCUUGUAGACCCGAGUGUACCACCAGUUCUGAAUGUCCACCAAAUCAAGCCUGCAUCAAUAGAAAAUGUACUGACCCAUGUCCAAACUCUUGUGGAAGAAAUACUGACUGUAUUGUGGUUAAUCACAGCCCUAUUUGCUCUUGUAAAAAUGGAUUUACUGGAGAUCCUUUUACUACAUGUUUCUCAGCUCCACCACCUCCAACGACUUCGGUUAUGAAUCAAAACCCAUGUUUACCAUCACCCUGUGGAGCCAACUCUGAAUGCCGAGUUAUUAAUGAAAUCCCUUCAUGUUCUUGUUUACCAUCAUACAUUGGUGUGCCACCUAAUUGUCGUCCAGAAUGUUCCAUCAGUUCUGAAUGUUCAAGUGAUAAAGCUUGCAUAAACGAAAAAUGUAGAGACCCUUGUCUUGGAUCAUGUGGAUUAAAUGCUCUUUGUUCUGUUUAUAACCACAUACCUGUAUGUACUUGCCAAGAAGGAUAUACUGGUGAUCCUUUCACCAACUGUGUAUUUACACCAGCAACAGAACCAGCUGUAAUAGACCCCUGCAACCCUUCACCUUGUGGUUCAAAUGCUCUGUGCAAUAACGGUGCAUGUACGUGCAUGCCUGACUACUUUGGAAAUCCAAACACCGGUUGUAGACCUGAAUGUGUUAUCAAUAACGACUGUCCUAUCAACAAAGCUUGUAUGAGAAACAAGUGUCAGGAUCCAUGUCCUGGUAUAUGUGGUCAGAAUGCUCAAUGUAAUGUAUUCAACCAUAUUCCUAUGUGUACUUGUUUACAAGGAAUGGCUGGCAAUGCUUUAGUAGCUUGUCAACCAGUUCAAGCUGAUUUACCACAAUCAAGACCUUGCAACCCUUCACCCUGUGGUCCCAACAGUAUUUGUCGUGAAGUAAAUAGCCAAUCAGUUUGUACUUGUGCACCUGAAUACCUAGGAAGUCCACCAACAUGCCGACCACAGUGUCUAGUCAAUUCAGAUUGCCCUAGCAAUGAAGCUUGUACUAACCAACGAUGUCGAGACCCUUGCCCUGGUACUUGUGGACUUAGUGCUCAAUGUCAGGUUAUCAACCAUAAUCCCAUAUGUUCCUGUCCUGAUCGUUUUACUGGUGAUCCAUUCAUACGUUGUACAAUUAUGCAAGAAAGUGAACCUGUAUCACCAAUACCAGAAGAUCCUUGUACUCCAUCACCUUGUGGUAACAACGCUCAAUGUCAAUCAAUCAAUGGUCUUCCAUCAUGUUCCUGUUUACCUGAAUUUAUGGGAAUACCUCCAAACUGUCGACCAGAAUGCAUUAGCAAUUCCGAAUGUCCCACUGAUAAGGCGUGUGUCAAUCGAAAAUGUCAAGAUCCAUGUCCUGGCUCGUGUGGUACCAAUACUGAUUGCAGAGUCGUUAGUCACACUCCUAUGUGUGUCUGCAUAUCAGCUUACACCGGUGAUCCUUUUACUGGAUGUAUUCCUUUACAAUCUGAAAUGAGGCCCGAUAGUUCACUUUCACCUUGUAUGCCCUCACCUUGUGGUGCCAAUGCUAUCUGCAAAGAAUCUAAUGGCGCUGGUUCAUGUUCAUGUCUACCGGACUACAUUGGAAACCCAUACGAAGGUUGUAGACCCGAAUGUAUCAUUAACUCUGACUGUCCAUCAUUCCAAAGUUGUAUAAGAUCAAAAUGUCGUGACCCUUGCCCUGGUGCUUGUGGUCAAGACGCUGAAUGUGUCACAAUAAAUCAUUUACCUUCGUGUACAUGUCGAAAUGGUUUUACUGGUGACCCAUUUACCUUCUGUGUCUUAUCACCUAACACAAACACAAACAUGGAUAAACCAACAGAACCAUGUAGUCCAUCACCUUGUGGACCUAACAGUCAAUGUCGUGUCAACAAUGGCCAAGCUGUAUGUACUUGUUUGCCAAAUUACAUUGGUAGUCCACCAGGAUGUCGACCCGAAUGUGUAACUUCCUCUGAGUGUACCUCACAGCUGGCAUGUAUAGAUAAAAAGUGCAGCAAUCCAUGCCCUGUCCCUUGCGGAAUUAAUACCAAAUGUGUUGUUGUUAAUCAUAGUCCAAUUUGCACUUGUAUGCCUGGUUAUAGCGGUGAUCCAUUCACUCAAUGUUCUCUUAUGUCACCACCAAUUCAACCGAAUGAUGUUGCAAUUCGAGACCCCUGUGUACCUUCACCAUGUGGAAGUUUUUCAUACUGCCGAAACAUCGGUGGUUCGCCCGCUUGUACAUGCCAAGAGAAUUACAUUGGUCAACCCCCGAAUUGUAGACCUGAAUGUAGUAUUAAUUCUGAAUGUUCAACCAACCAAGCAUGUGUUAAUGAAAGAUGUAGAGAUCCUUGCCCUGGUUCUUGUGGAGUUAAUGCACAAUGCUUAGUUUCAAAUCAUAUUCCAAUAUGUACGUGUUCGGAAGGAUUUACUGGAGAUCCUUUUACCAUGUGUUCCAUGAUAGUAGCUCAAUCACCAGAACCAGUGUUCCCACAAGAUAAAUGUAAUCCAUCACCUUGUGGAGUAAAUGCUCAAUGCAAUAAUGGCGAGUGCACUUGUCUUAAUGAAUUCCAAGGCAAUCCUUAUACAGGAUGUCGACCUGAAUGUGUUCUAAAUUCAGACUGUCCUCGAGACAAAGCUUGUUCAAGAAAUAAAUGUAGAGAUCCAUGUGUCGGUGCUUGUGCAUCGAAUGGAAUUUGUACUGUGAUAAAUCAUAUUCCAAUGUGUAGUUGUCCUCAAGGAAUGACUGGAAAUGCCUUCAGUCAAUGCCUCGUUAUUCAACAAACAGAUAUAAAACCGUUGAACCCCUGUAGUUCAUCACCAUGUGGUCCAAACAGUCAAUGUAGAACAAUUAAUGGUCAAGCUGUUUGUUCGUGUAUCCCAGGAUACCUUGGAAGUCCACCAACAUGUCGUCCAGAAUGUACCGUUAGUACAGAUUGUGCUAAAAAUCAAGCAUGUAAUAGCCAAAAAUGUAUUAAUCCUUGUUCUGGUACCUGUGGAUUGGAUGCACUGUGUACAGUAGUAGGACAUAAUCCAAUAUGUAGUUGUCCAACAAGAUUUACCGGUGAUCCAUACGUAAGAUGUAUACCAAUGAUUGAACAACAAGAUGUUACACCCCAAAAUCCCUGUCAACCAUCUCCCUGUGGACCAAAUUCCCAAUGUCAAGUUGUAAAUAAUUUGCCAUCAUGUUCGUGUAAUAUUGAUUUCAUCGGAAGCCCACCAAAUUGUCGACCUGAAUGUGCUUCUAAUAAUGAAUGUGCAUCAAACUUGGCUUGUAUCAAUAGUAAGUGUAAGAAUCCUUGCAUUGGAUCAUGUGGAGCUAACUCUGAUUGUUAUGUCGUCAGUCAUACACCUAUGUGUACUUGCAUUGCUGGAUAUUCAGGUGAUCCAUUCACCCAGUGUACUAUUCAACCAGUGAUAUCAACACCAGUAUCAGAAUCACCUUGUACACCAUCGCCUUGUGGAUCCAAUGCAGUUUGCAAAGAAAUGAAUAAUGUUGGAUCUUGUACAUGUCUACCAGACUAUACAGGUAAUCCUUAUGAAGGAUGUAGACCAGAAUGUAUUUUGAACUCAGACUGUUCUCAAAAUCUGGCGUGCAUUCGCUAUAAGUGUCGGGAUCCUUGUCCUGGAACUUGUGGAUUAAAUGCUGAAUGUCGAGUAAUGAAUCAUUUACCGCAAUGUUCAUGUAUGUCAGGAUACACUGGUGAUCCUUUCAGAUUUUGUAACGUUAUUCAAGCCGUUGAAGAUACAACUAGAGAUCCUUGCAAUCCUACACCAUGUGGACCUAAUAGUCAGUGUAGGGUUGUUAAUAAACAAGCCGUAUGUACUUGCUUGCCAGAAUAUCUUGGCAGUCCACCUGGAUGUCGACCAGAGUGUACAGUCAGUUCAGAAUGUCCUUUAAAUAGAGCUUGUGUCAAUAGGAAAUGUGUUGAUCCUUGUCCAGGAACUUGCGGAUUUAAUACUCGAUGUGAAACUAUCAAUCACAGUCCAAUAUGUUCUUGUCAAUCUGGAUUUACUGGUGAUCCUUUCGUUAAUUGCUUUGAAAUGUCAGUACCUAUGGACGACGAAAAACCAACAAACGUUAAUCCUUGUGUACCAUCUCCCUGUGGACCAAAUUCUGAAUGUCGAAAUAUAAAUAAUCAAGCAUCUUGUGCUUGUCUACAAGAAUUUAUGGGAUCACCACCAAAUUGUCGACCUGAAUGUAUUAUUAAUCCUGAUUGUUCAAGUAAUUUAGCAUGUAUGAACAAUAAAUGUCGAGAUCCUUGUCCAGGAUCGUGUGGAUUAAGUGCAGUCUGUUCAGUAAUUAAUCAUACUCCAAUUUGUACGUGUCCAGAAGGAUUUACUGGAGAUCCAUUUACUCGAUGUAACCAACAAAUUGAACCAGAAAAACCUAAACCAUCUCCUUGUGCUCAAUGUGGUUCGAAUACUCAAUGUAUUAAUGAACAAUGUGUUUGUUUACCAGAAUUUAGAGGAGAUCCGUACGUAGGAUGUCGUCCAGAAUGUAUUAUGAAUACAGACUGUACGAGAGAUCAAGCUUGUAUUCGAGGAAAAUGUAGAAAUCCAUGUAGUGGAAUAUGUGGACAGAAUGCUAUCUGUAAUGUUGUCAAUCAUAUUCCUGUAUGCUCAUGUCCGUUCGGCAUGUCUGGAAACGCUUUCAUUAUGUGUUCACCUGUUCAAAUAGAUGUACAAGAAAUGAAAGAUCCAUGUAAUCCAUCACCUUGUGGUCCAAACAGCCAGUGCAGAAAAAUUAAUGGACAAGCUGUUUGUUCUUGUAUCCCAGGAUAUCUUGGAGCACCUCCGAACUGCCGGCCUGAAUGUACUAUAAGUUCUGAUUGUAGUGCCAACAUGGCUUGUAGCAACCAAAAAUGUAUUGAUCCAUGUUCUGGAACUUGUGGAAUUAGAGCUCAAUGUCAAGUCAUUAAUCACAAUCCAAUUUGUAGUUGUCUAACUGAUUUGACUGGUGAUCCAUUUGUUAUGUGCUUGCCAUUACCACAAAUGCAACCAGUGGAAUCUACGAAUCCUUGUCAACCAUCACCCUGUGGGCCUAAUUCACUUUGUCGAGAAAUUAAUGGCUCAUCGUCUUGCUCUUGCCAACCAGAAUUUAUUGGAGUUCCACCAAAUUGUAAACCUGAAUGUAUUAGUAAUACCGAGUGUAAUACAAAUCUCGCAUGUAUUAAUCAGAAGUGCCGAGAUCCAUGUCCUGGAUCUUGUGGAGAUAAUGCAGAAUGUAGAGUUGUCAGUCAUACACCAAUGUGUGCUUGUAUUCCUGGUUACACUGGAGAUCCAUUCACUCAAUGUUUUAUGAAACAAAUGGAGCCAUUACCACCCACAUCAUCACCUUGCUUACCUUCACCUUGUGGCUCUAAUGCAGUUUGCCGUGAGCAAAAUGGUGCUGGUGCAUGCUCUUGUCUCCCCGAUUAUAUUGGAAAUCCUUAUGAAGGAUGUAGACCGGAAUGUACAAUUAAUUCCGAUUGUCAAGCUAACCUAGCUUGCAUAAGAUCAAAAUGUCAAGAUCCAUGUCCUGGUACUUGUGGUCAAAAUGCUGUCUGUCAAGUUAUUAAUCAUCGACCAUCCUGUUCAUGUCAACCAAAUUACAGUGGAGAUCCUUUCAGAUUCUGUAGUAUAAUUCCAAUGCAAUCAACUCCAGAAGUAGUAAGUCCUUGUCAACCAUCUCCCUGUGGACCUAACAGCAAAUGUAGAGAAAAUAAUGGUCAAGCUAUAUGUUCUUGUGAUUCAAUAUCUAUUGGAACUCCACCUUACUGCCGCCCUGAAUGUGCAGUCAGCUCUGAAUGUCCACUCAGUCGGGCAUGCAUUAAUAAUAAAUGUGUUGAUCCAUGUCCUGGAAUUUGUGGAACUAAUGCCAAGUGUAACGUCAUCAAUCACAGUCCAUUCUGCAGUUGUAAUCCGGGGCUCACUGGAGAUCCUUUUGUCAGAUGUUUUGAUGCACCUGUAACAUCAAUUGAUCCAGUACAAUCAACAAAUCCAUGUGUACCAUCUUCUUGUGGACCAUUUUCAAUCUGUCAAAAUAUCGGUAAUGGUCUUCCAUCUUGCUCUUGUGAACCCUCUUACAUUGGAACACCGCCUAAUUGUCGACCUGAAUGUACAAUUAAUUCAGAAUGUGUUAGUAAUCUUGCUUGUUUGAGAUUCAAAUGUACCGAUCCUUGUCCAGGAUCAUGUGGGUUAAGUGCAAUGUGUUCCGUUAUCAAUCACACUCCAGUUUGUACUUGUCCAGAAGGAUUUACUGGAGAUCCGUUUACAAGUUGCACUAUAAUUCCACCUUCUCAAGAUGUGAUAAAUCAACCAAAUAAUCCAUGUGAUCCAUCACCAUGUGGAGCGAAUGCUCAAUGUCGAGAUGGAGUUUGCACUUGUUUACCUGAAUAUAAUGGAGAUCCUUACUAUGGUUGUCGUCCAGAAUGUGUACAAAAUACUGAUUGCCCAUCACACCAGGCAUGUAUGAACAACAAAUGUCGCGAUCCUUGUCCUGGAGUUUGUGGAAAUAAUGCCGAAUGUAACGUGGUACAACACAUUCCUAUGUGUAGUUGUCCUGCUGGAAUGACUGGAAAUGCAUUUGCUAAUUGUAUUGUAGCAAGUAUAGAAGAUACUUCAAGAAAUCCAUGUGAUCCGUCGCCAUGUGGACCGAACAGUCGUUGCCAACAGAUCAAUGGUCAAGCAGUAUGUUCAUGUGUCGUUGGAUUUAUGGGCCAUCCUCCAGCUUGUCGACCAGAAUGUGUUAGUAACAUUGAAUGUUCUCUUAAUCUUGCCUGUAUAAAUCAAAAAUGUCGUGAUCCAUGUCCAGGAUCUUGUGGAAUUGCCGCUCAAUGUCAAGUGAUCAAUCAUAAUCCCAUCUGUAGUUGCCCAGCUAGCUUCACUGGAGAUCCAUUUAUAAGAUGUUCAUUCAUGAUAAUGCAAAAUGAACCACCGGAAACACCAAAGAAUCCAUGUGAACCUUCACCAUGCGGACCAAAUUCUCAAUGUCAAGUCAUUAAUGGCUUAUCUUCAUGCUCUUGCUUACCAGAAUUCAUGGGUACACCUCCAAAUUGCCGUCCAGAAUGCAUUAGCAACAGUGAAUGUACGAACCAACUCGCUUGUAUCAACAGAAAAUGUCAAGAUCCUUGUGUUGGAUCAUGUGGAAGCAAUGCUGAAUGCUUUGUCAUUAAUCACACUCCAAUUUGUAGUUGUAUAAAUGAAUUUACUGGUGAUCCAUUUGUUCAAUGUACUGUUAUGCAAUCUCCACCAUCCGAAUCAUCGACUCAACCAUGUGUGCCUUCUCCAUGUGGUGCUAAUGCAAUUUGUAGAGAUCAAAAUGGUGUCGGCUCUUGUAGUUGUAUUCAAGAUUAUAUUGGCAAUCCAUAUGAAGGCUGUAGACCCGAAUGCAUUAUUAAUACAGACUGUCAAGCAAAUCUCGCUUGUAUAAGAUCAAAAUGUCAAGAUCCUUGUCCAGGCACCUGUGGACAAAAUGCAGAAUGUCAAGUCAUCUAUCACAUUCCUGCAUGUACUUGUAGAUCUGGAUUUACAGGAAAUCCAUUUGUCUCUUGUAGUCCCAUGCCACCAGAAAAAUUACCAACAGCUGACAGUAAUCCAUGUAAUCCAUCACCAUGUGGACCUAAUAGCCGUUGUCAGGUUAAUUUUAAUGGUCAAGCAAUUUGCUCUUGUCAAGCUGAUUUUACAGGAAAUCCACCAAAUUGUCGGCCCGAGUGCACAUUAAGUUCUGAAUGUAGAACUGAUCUUGCUUGCAUAAAUCAAAAAUGUAAAGAUCCUUGUCCUGGUACCUGCGGCAAUAAUGCACAGUGUAAAGUCGUUAAUCACAGUCCAAUCUGCAGUUGUAGACCUGAAACAACCGGUGAUCCAUUUGUACAAUGUUUCCCCGUGAUGAUAUCUCCAAAUGAUGAUGAACAAUCAAGAGAUCCAUGUAAUCCAUCACCUUGUGGACCUAACUCAGUUUGUCGAGUUAUUGGAAAUAGUCCAAUAUGUGCAUGUAUCAACAAUUUCAUUGGUUCUCCACCAAAUUGUCGCCCAGAAUGUACAAUCAAUCCAGACUGUACCAGUGACAAGGCUUGUAUGAGAGACAAAUGUCGAGAUCCUUGUCCAGGAUCAUGUGGACUCUACGCUGUAUGUUCGGUAGUAAAUCAUACUCCAAUUUGUACGUGUCCUCCAGAUUACACCGGAGAUCCUUUCACCAGUUGUUCACCUACGCCAGCAGCACCACCGGAACCAAGUGUUCCUAAAGAUCCUUGCAAUCCGAGCCCAUGUGGAUCUAAUACACAAUGUUUCAACGGAAGAUGUACUUGUUUACCGGAAUAUCAAGGAGAUCCAUAUGUUGGAUGUCGACCUGAAUGUGUAGUUAACGAAGAUUGCUCACGGUCUCAAGCCUGUAUAAAUAAAAAAUGUAGAGAUCCUUGUUCAGGUGUUUGUGGUAAUAAUGCUGAAUGUAUUGUCGUUAACCACUUGCCAAUGUGUAGUUGCCCACGAAACAUGUCUGGUAAUGCAUUUAUUCAAUGUUCACCAAUUCAAGAUAUGUCGACAUCUGAUCCGUGUAAUCCAUCUCCUUGCGGACCAAACAGUCAUUGUCAAGUGACAGUUACAAAUAAAUUGGCUGUUUGUAGUUGCAUAACUGGAUUCGUUGGUACUCCACCAUCUUGUCGACCUGAAUGUAUUGUGAGCACAGACUGUCCAAGAAAUCGCGCAUGUAAUAAUCAAAAAUGUACCGACCCUUGUCCAGGAACUUGUGGACUUGGUGCUCAAUGUCAAACUAUCAAUCAUAAUCCUAUUUGCAGUUGUUCAACUGGAUUUACUGGUGAUCCAUUCAUUAGAUGUACACGAGUACCAAUAAUGGCAACAGAAGAACCAGUUGUAAAUCCCUGUCAACCAUCACCUUGCGGAGCUAAUGCUCAAUGCCAGGUUAUCAAUAAUACACCCUCAUGUUCAUGUAAUAAAGAUUUUAUCGGUACUCCACCAAAUUGCCGACCCGAAUGUGUCAGUAAUAACGAAUGUGGUUCUCAUUUGGCAUGUAUAAAUUAUAAAUGUAAAGAUCCUUGUCCAGGAUCUUGUGGAUCUAAUACAAAUUGUGCAACUGUCAGUCAUACACCAAUGUGUUCAUGUCUCAAUGGAUUUACUGGUGAUCCAUUUAUUCAGUGUAAUAUCAUGCAGGCUCCACCCAUAGAGCCAGAAGUUAGACCAAACCCAUGCAUACCAUCACCUUGUGGUGCAAAUGCAAUUUGUCGUGAAACCUACGGUACAGCUUUAUGUACAUGCGCCACUGACUUCUAUGGAAAUCCUUAUGAAGGUUGUAGGCCAGAGUGUGUUGUUGACAGCGAUUGCUCUGCUGAUCGUACAUGUGUUAAAUCCAAGUGUAUCAACCCAUGUCCUGGUACAUGUGGUCAAAAUGCUCUUUGUCAAGUCAUUAAUCAUCUUCCGACUUGCUCUUGUCUAAACGGUUACACUGGUGAUCCAUUUAGAUAUUGUCUACCCGCAGUUGAACAAUCAGAUGUGCAAGUUGAUCCUUGCAAUCCCUCACCUUGUGGACCUAAUAGCGAGUGCAGGAAAACAAAUAAUUUCGCUAAAUGUAGUUGUCUACCGAAUUACUUAGGAAAUCCCCCUAACUGUCGUCCAGAGUGUAUAUCAAAUACACAAUGUAAUCUUAAUCUCGCCUGUAUAAAUAAAAAAUGCAUUGAUCCUUGUCCAGGAGUUUGUGGUAUCAAUGCUAGAUGUGAAACGAGAAACCAUAGUCCUAUAUGUAGUUGUCGACCUGGACAAACAGGCGAUCCAUUUGUUAAAUGUUUCGAUGUCAUACAAUCAACUGAAGUCGAUCGACCUGCAAGCCCCUGUAUACCAUCCCCUUGUGGUCCAUUUUCGAUGUGUCAAGAUAACGGUGGAUAUCCAUCAUGUUCUUGUUUAUCAACUUACAUUGGUUCUCCACCCAACUGUCGACCUGAAUGUACAAUAAAUUCCGACUGUAACCGAAACCAAGCUUGCAUUAGAGAAAAAUGCCAAGACCCUUGCCCUGGUUCUUGUGGUAUCAGAGCCCAAUGCAAUGUAGUCAACCAUACACCUGUUUGUACAUGCCCUGAUGGCUAUACUGGUGAUCCUUUUGAUAGUUGCUCUCCACAACCACCACCAUCUGAAUCACCAGUUAUCACCAAAAAUCCCUGCAACCCUUCACCUUGCGGAGCUAAUGCUAUAUGUCGAAAUGAAGGUAUCUGCACCUGUCUACCAGGAUACCAUGGAGAUCCUUAUUAUAACUGCCGACCAGAAUGUGUUCAAAACUCUGAUUGUAAUAAUAACAAAGCGUGUAGUAACAACAAAUGUGUUGACCCAUGCCCUGAAAUUUGUGGCCGUAAUGCAGAAUGUUAUGUAAUCAAUCACAUUCCCAUGUGUAGUUGUCUUACUGGUUAUGAAGGCGAUCCUUUCGUACUUUGCCAGCGAGCAGAAAAACCAACGGAAAAUCCAUGCGAGCCCUCACCUUGUGGUCCAAAUAGUGUUUGUCAACGUUAUGGUAAUCAAGUAUCAUGCUCAUGUCUACCAGGAUUUUUCGGUAAUCCACCAAGUUGUCGACCUGAAUGUAUUGUUAGUUCUGACUGCGAGCAAAACCGUGCUUGUGUAAACCAACGCUGUCAGAAUCCUUGUCCAGGAUCAUGUGGACAAAAUGCCCUUUGUGCUGUUAGAAAUCAUAAUCCAAUUUGCAGCUGUCCAGAGACUUACUCUGGUGAUCCAUUUGUUUAUUGUUCACCAAUCAAAGAACCACCAGAAGAUCAGCCAGUAAUGAAUCUAUGCAAUCCCUCACCCUGUGGACCCAAUGCCCAAUGUACUGUGUUAAAUAACACUUUUUCAUGCUCUUGUCUACCUGAAUACCGUGGCUCACCACCCAAUUGUCAACCCGAGUGUCGUGUCAACAGUGAAUGUCCUACGCACUUGGCCUGUAUUAAUAGAAAAUGUACAAAUCCUUGCCCUGGCUCGUGUGGCAUCAAUGCUCUUUGCCAAGUAACACGCCAUCAACCGACAUGCUCUUGCCAGCAGGGAUUCACUGGUGAUCCCUUCACGCUUUGCUCUGUGAUACCUAAUAAAACACCAGAUACAUCAGUACCGCAAAGUCCAUGCAGUCCAUCACCAUGUGGUGCUAACGCUUACUGUCGAGAAAAAUACAACAGUGCUGUUUGUGAAUGCUGGCCAGAUUAUCGAGGAAAUCCUUAUGAAGCAUGUCAUCCUGAAUGUUUAGUCAAUACUGAUUGUCCAAACUCCUUGGCCUGUAUUAGAACCAAGUGUCAAGAUCCAUGUCCUGGUACUUGUGGGGUUGGAGCCACUUGUUCAGUUACAAAUCAUGUUCCUAUUUGUUCAUGUCCUUAUCCAACUGUUGGAGAUGCUUUUAAACUUUGUCAGACACCAAUUGAUAAACAAGAAUCAAAUCCAUGCAAUCCAUCGCCUUGUGGACCAAAUACUAUUUGUGAAAGAGCUGGACAACAAGUAAUCUGCAAAUGUCUUCCCGGUUUGGAAGGAGAGCCUUCAAGCUUAGCCGGUUGUCAUCCUGAAUGUAUUUUAAGUUCAGAUUGUCCAGGAAACAGAGCUUGUGAAAACAACCAUUGCAUAGAUCCUUGUUCUCGUGGAGUAUGUGGAGUUGGUGCUCUUUGCCGAGCUAUCAAUCACAGUCCAGUAUGUAGCUGUCCAGUAUCGCUCAUGGGAAAUCCAUUCAUCGAAUGUUAUCCUAAACAGCAAGAAACUGAUCCUUGUAGUCCAUCACCUUGUAAUAUCAAUGGUGAAUGCAGAGAAAAGAAUGGAAUAGCUUACUGCGUUUAUCCAGAGUGUUUGAUAAAUUCAGAUUGUCCACGAGAUCGUGCAUGCUUUGCUCAACGUUGUCGAGAUCCAUGCAUAGGUGUUUGUGGUAUUAACUCGAUCUGUCAGGCAGUCAAUCACAAUCCAAUCUGCUCAUGUCCACCUGGCUUUAUGGGAGAUCCGAAGAUUCAAUGUAAAUUUACGUCAGUAGAUGUAAUUAGACCCGAAUGUACUAAAAAUUCAGAAUGUACCAAUGACAAAAUCUGUUGGGAAGAAAAAUGUGUUGAUCCUUGCACUCUUGGAUCUUGUGGACUCAAUAGUAGAUGUCAAGUCUUGCUUCAUCGUGCUAUAUGCGUUUGUAAUGAAGGAUACACAGGAAAUCCACAACAAUUCUGUCGUCAAAUUCAAUGUAGAAAUAAUGACGAGUGUCCUUUAUCAUCAAGCUGUAUUAAUAAUGAGUGUAUUGAUUAUUCACCUCCUAUGCAAUGUGGAAGUAAUGCCAUUUACCAUGUUGACAACUACCACAAACCACAAUGUUCAUGCUUGGACGGAUAUCAAGGAAAUCCAUAUAUAAGAUGUGAUCGACGAGAAUGUACUACGACUUUAGAUUGUCCACCAACUCUCACAUGUCAAAAUUCUAAAUGUGUUGAUCCAUGCAACUGUCCACCUUCAGCACAAUGUUCAGUAAUUAAUCAUCGACCUAUUUGUAAAUGUCCUCCAGGCUUCAUUGGUGAUGCUUAUAAAGCUUGUGUUAAAGAACCUUUAGCUCUUCCAGAAUGUGUAAUUGACGCAGACUGUCCAAAUAAUCUUGGUUGCUUUAGUGGUUCUUGUAAAGAUCCUUGUCGAGAAUCUCAAUCAUGUGUUACGAAUGCAAAAUGUACAAUUAUUAAUACUCUACCUAUGAGGACUAUCGUCUGUGAAUGUUUACCAAAUUAUAUCGGUGAUGCUACAGUUGGUUGUGCUCCAGUUGCUCAACAAGUAGACACGGCUUUAUGUCGAUCCAACAGCGAAUGUUUGUCAAAUAUGGCUUGCUUAAAUAGCCGUUGUGUAAAUCCAUGCACAACAAAUGUCUGCUCAAACACCGCUGACUGUCGUGUUGAUAAUCAUCAACAUAUUUGUAUCUGUCCACCUGGAACAACUGGAGAUCCUUAUUUAGGAUGCCACAGUCAUACAAUCAGUCUUCCUCAAUGUACAAGUAAUUCAGAUUGUCCUUCUAACUUGGCAUGUAUCAAUCAACUGUGCCAAAAUCCUUGUUCAAGAGAUAUUUGUGGAAUCAGUGCUGAUUGUAUUGUUAUUGGUCAUCAUCCAACUUGUCACUGUCCUCAAGGAUAUGGUGGAGAUCCUCAAAACCGUUGUUUCAAAUCAGAGUGUCGAAUUGACCAUGAUUGUCCCUUCGAUAAAGCAUGCAGAAAUGGUUAUUGUGCCAAUCCUUGUCAAACUGGUGAUAUGAUUUGCGGUCGUGGUGCUAAAUGUCAAGUUGUUGAACAUCAAGCACAUUGUAUUUGUCCUCCAGGAACUCAAGGUUAUCCGCAAGUGGCAUGUAUUUCAGCUAUUUGUCAUUACAAUGAAGAUUGUGCAGAUGAUGAAGCUUGUGAUAGACUCAAUAGAGUUUGUCGACCAGUUUGUGAUGAUGAAAGCUGUGCUGAAACUGCCAUUUGCACCGGAAAAAAUCAUCAACCGACAUGCACUUGUGGAACUGAUACCACUGGCAAUCCUUACAUCGAAUGUACAAACAUUCUGAUUCCUAAAGAAGAGUGUCGAGUUGAUUCUGAAUGUCCACCACUUUUUGCAUGCAUUAACAGUCAAUGUCAAGAUCCUUGCUUAUUGUCAGACAUGUGUACAGCAGAACAAAAAUGUCGAGUGCUUAGUACUACUCCAUUACGUACAAUGAUUUGUGAAUGCCCUCCAAAUACUUAUACAGACAUCAAUGGAAAAUGUCAGAAGAUUGUUUGGACUGAUGUUCAAUGUCACACUGAUAAAGAAUGUGCCAACAACGAAAUAUGUCAGAAUGGUAAUUGUCUUGAAGCCUGUUUAACUGUCCGUUGCGGCAUCAAUGCACAAUGUAAAUCAACUUCGUCUCAUUCGGCAGUUUGUGCAUGUACAUCAGACUAUACUGGAAAUCCAUACAUUGAAUGUUCUGCAAUACCAAGAAAUCCUCUGCCUCCACCAUUACCAGAGUGUUAUACAAAUAGUGAAUGUUCUAAUGAUCGACAGUGUAUCAAUCUGAAAUGUAUUAAUCCAUGUGUCGCUGGUGAUCCAUGUGGAAGAAACUCUCUCUGCCACGUUGAUGACCACAAUCCAAUCUGUAAAUGUCCAAUAAAAUACAUGGGAGAUCCACGAAUUGAAUGCAUACCCCCUGCAAUCAUUGUGGGCUGUGUUUCUAACAGUGAAUGCAAAGGAACAGAAGCUUGUGUUAAUGGUCAAUGUAUUAAUCCUUGCAACUGUGGAUCUAAUGCUAAUUGUCUUGUGACAAAUCAUUAUCCAUCUUGUGUAUGUCAUCCAGGAUACUCUGGUAAUCCUCAGUUAGGCUGUACUAAACUUGAAUGUGAAACCGAUCAAGAAUGUCCUUAUGAAGAAACUUGUCAUUCUGGUCAAUGUAUUAAUCCUUGUCUCCUUCAAAAUGAUUGUGUCAUCAAUGCAGAAUGUUAUGGAAAAAAUCAUCGAUCUGCUUGCCGUUGUAGUCCAGGUUACUUUGGCAAUCCGGAAGUCAUCUGUGAACGGGCAGAAUGUACCAGUAAUUAUGAAUGCUCUCAAAAUCUAGUCUGUGAGAAUAAACGCUGUGUUGAUCCAUGUGUUGAUCGAUCACCUUGUGCUUCUAAUGCUAUCUGCUUCGUCAGAUCUCAUAUCAUUUCAUGUAGAUGUCCAGAAAAUCUUCCAGUUGGUAAUCCAUUCUCUUAUUGUGAAAGAAGACCACCAAUAGUUCUUGUGGAUGAACCAGAGUGUACGAAAGACAUUGAUUGCCCUAGCAAAUUUGCUUGCAUUAAAGAAACAUGUGUAGAUCCAUGUCAAGUUAUAAAACCUUGUCGAGAAAAUGCACGGUGUGGAGUUUUGGAUACCGUUCCAGUCAAAACAAUGGUCUGUACUUGUCCUGAUGGAUGGAUUACAGACACUGACGAAGUAUGUCGACAAAUCCCGAUCACUAUUGUUGGAGCUUGUACAUCAGACUCAGAAUGUCCUGAUCAAAAUGCUUGUAUCAACAGACGUUGUCGAAAUCCUUGUAAUUGUGGUCGCAAUGCUAAUUGUGUAGUUCGCAAUCAUAAACCUAUUUGUUCUUGUGAGAGAGGUUAUCAAGGCAACCCAGAAGUGGCUUGUUAUUCAGUUGAAUGUCAAAGUAAUUCCGAAUGUAUGCCAGACAAAGCUUGUAUAAAUAAUAACUGUGUCAAUCCGUGUCUUUUCUCUAAUGAAAAAUGUGGAGUUAAUGCAGAAUGUAUAGCAAAUAACCAUCUAGCUGAGUGUCACUGCAGAGACGGAUAUGCAGGUAAUCCUUUGGACAAAUGUCAUGUCAUCGGGUGUUAUAGCAAUGGAGACUGUCCAAGUGAAUUUUCAUGUGUGAAUAAACAAUGUAUUGAUCCUUGUCUUCAUGAUAAUCCUUGUUCUUCGCGAGCUGAGUGCCAUGUUAGAGGCCAUAUACCAACCUGUAGAUGUCCAUCAGGCUAUGAAGGUAAUCCUUACCAUGAAUGUCGGGUUGAGAUCGAACCAGAAUGUCGAGUGGACGGAGAUUGUCCAAGCCUCUUAGCUUGCUUUAAUAACAAAUGUCAGAACCCAUGUACUAUUAUUGAACCAUGUUAUACACCGUCAGAAUGUCGAGUUCUACCAACACUGCCCGUUAGAACUAUGAUCUGUAUCUGUCCAAAUGGAUAUAUUAGCAGUGGAAGUGGAACUUGUCAACCUACAACACCAAUUCUGCAAAUAGGAUGUGCAAGCGACAGCAAUUGUCCAUUCGACAAAGCCUGCAUUAAUGGUAUUUGUUUGGAUCCUUGUGCUUGCGGAAAUAACGCCAACUGUAAUAUCAUCAACCACAAACCUAUCUGUUCAUGUCUUCCUGGAUAUGACGGAAACGCUGAUAUUGAAUGUUUACCAGUGAUUGGAUGUAGAUCUGACAGUCAAUGUAGUGAUACUCAUACUUGCAUACAGAAUAACUGUGUUUUAGCAUGUUCUGACGUCCUCUCGCCUUGUGCUAAGAAUGCUGAAUGCUACGGCAUCAACCAUCAAGCUGUUUGUGAGUGUCCUCCAGGCUUAAUUGGAAACCCUAAAAUCUCUUGUUCUGUAAUUGGAUGUAAAACGAAUUCUGAUUGUCCAACGAACAAAGCUUGUAUUAAUAAUCGCUGCGAAAGCCCAUGCUUAAAGAACCCAUGUACCGAAGAAACCCAGUGCAAUGUUUACAAUCAUGUUGUCGAAUGUUCUUGUCCACCUGGAUACGUCGGUAAUAUCAAUGAAGGAUGUCAAAAAGUCAUUGGCAAAUGUAAACAUGACUAUGAAUGUCCAUCUCAAACAGCUUGCUUCGAUGGAGAAUGUAUCAAUCCUUGCACCAAGAUUGAACCUUGUGGAGUGAACGCUGAAUGUACAGUAUUGGAUACUAAACCUGUUAGAACAAUGAUAUGUGAAUGCAUUCCUGGUUAUCGUGGCAAUGCUGUUGUUCGUUGUGAUAAAACUCGAGUUUGUGAAAUAGAAAAAGGUCAAAUCAAAGAUGAAUAUGGUAACUGCGUUUGUCCACCAGGUACUGCUAAGAAUGAACGAGAUAUAUGCGUACCUUGUCAACCAGAAAAUGGUAUGAUGAUUACUGCUGAUGGAUUCUGUGUAUGCGCUUUAGAAAAAGGAUUCAUAAUUGAUGAAUAUGGUCGUUGUGUCUGUCCAACUGAACACGGCUAUCAACUAGAUCAUGAAUAUAACUGCAAGCUAUUUAAAAUUAUUGAAUGUGUACGAGAUGACGACUGUCCUGAUGAUCGAUAUUGUCAACUAACUACAAAGACAUGUCAAGAUCCUUGUCUAGAGAAGAAUUGUACCAGAAAUGCAUUCUGUACAGCAACAGGACAUCGAGCAAUUUGUAACUGUACUGCAGGAUACAUGGGAGACGGAAACAUUCUUUGUAUUCCUCCCGAGAAGCCUAAAGAUGGUCGAACAGAUUUCCCAAGACCCGAAAUGGAAGCUAGUUGUUUGUCAGAUGGUGUUCAAGUACAAAUUCAUGUUCAACAUCAAGGAUUUGAUGGAGUUCUUUAUGUCAGAGGCAGGAGUAAAGAGGAACAGUGUAGAAGAAUUCUUUCGAUCCCAGCUGAUACCACUGAUAGAACAGAAACAUUUAAGGUCAACUUUGGUAGCUGUGGUCUUAUUCAUGUAAAUGGGGAAGCAAGCUUCGUUUUGGUCAUACAGAAACAUCCGAAAUUAGUUACAUACAAAGCACAAGCUUAUCAUGUUAAGUGUAUGUACCAGACCGGAGAACAAAAUGUGACUUUAGGUUUUAAUGUGUCUAUGCUGACGACUGCUGGAACGAUUGCUAAUACUGGACCACCACCAACGUGUCUGAUGAGAAUCGUAACACAAACAGGCAACGAAAUUCAAUCCGCUGAAAUAGGAGACAACUUGAUGCUACAAGUUGAAGUGCAACCUUCAUCAAUCUAUGGAGGAUUUGCAAGAAAUUGUGUCGCUAAAACAAUGGAAGAUAAUCAAGAGAAUGAAUAUAUUGUGACAGAUGAGAAUGGCUGUGCAACAGAUCCAACUAUUUUCGGAGAGUGGCAACAAGAUCAUGACUCUCAAACACUUUUAGCCAGUUUCAAUGCUUUUAAAUUCCCCAGCAGUGAUAACAUUCGCUUCCAAUGUAAUAUAAGAGUUUGCUUUGGAAGAUGUCAGCCUGUAAAUUGUAGAGGAUAUAACGCCUUUGGUCGUCGAAGAAGAGAUGUCAGCAACGAUUAUAACGAUACGUCAUUGUCCAGAACUGAUAGCGGCUUUGACGGUCAACUUAGAGAAGAAAUUACAAUUCAAUCUAAUUUAAUAAGAACUUUAGACAGGCGAGAGGAAAGAUACACAUCUGAUCCUGCUGAAUUCCCAGCAGCUCAAAGAGUCGAAGACAUAUGUGUAUCAAUGGUAGGCUUCAUUAUAGCCUUGGUAAUAACAGCACUUUUGGCCCUCGUCGCUGUAGCUAUAGCUGUAUCUUGUUGGCUGAUGGCAUAUAGACGCCAGCCAAAGACUGCCGGACCACUGCCACAUCCUCCAGAAUUUCCAAAUCCAUUGUUUACCACUGAAUCGGUCGCUGAACCAUCACCCGAUUAUCAUCUCUCAUAGUUUCAUUAGUAUUGUUUAUUUUUUUAAAUGAAAACAAUUAAUAAUUAAUUUUGUUAAUAUGAUUAUCAAUAUGAGGAAUGCAUUCCCGACCACGUUUAAAUAUAAUUGUCUCAAUAAUGGUCGGCUGUGUAUUUCAGGACGCAUUUCCUCCAGUGACUAAUUUUUUACGCUAUUUAGUUAAUUAGAAUUGUUCUUCCAUCUUCUAUGUGCUUUCAAUGAGGGUUUUUAAAAGAAAAAAAAAAGAAUAUGAAUAAUCACUAAGUGAUAAAUUUUUAUAUUAAAUAUUAUUGUGAAUGAUUAAUUAUUCACAAUAAUUGAAUAAAGAAUUGAUUGUAUUAAUCAAUCAUCUUUCUCUAAGGUGAUGGUAUUCUUCCGCUAUUUAAAAGAAGGAAGAGGUGUGUCUUCCUAAUAUUUCUAUUAUAUCUCUAGUCAAUGGAGGACUUGUCGAAACUAAUAUAUAUAUAAAUAAAAUAAUAGGUAUACAAUUAAAUAAAUUUAUAAAUAAAUAUAAAGUAAAAAAUGACGGAGAAUGUAAUUUCUGUGAAAAAGUCAAACGAAUUAGUCUAAUGUAGUUUUUAUAUCUUUUUAUUGUUAGACAAAUUAAAACUUGUACAUUGUAUCUAAAAUUACUCAUUACAAUAAAGACAAUAAUAUUAAUAAUUACA